AUGACCCGUCUACCCCUCCCCAUCCCAUCUCCCAUCCCACCUUCCUACGAACCCAAAUCCUCCCUCCGCACCAUCCCCGCUACCAACCCCAUCGAAUACAUCCUCUCCAUCCUCUCGCGCGACGGCGGCGUCAUCCUCUCCGACUUCAUCCCCAAAGAAGAACUCACCGCCAUCGCUACCGAACUCACCCCCUGGAGCAGCACCAAGCGUCGUUCCACCACCACCAAUGGCCCCAGCGACGCCUUCUCCACCAUCCCCUCCCAAACGACUCUCAUCCCCGGCCUAGUCGGCAAAUCCCCCACCAUGGCACGGAUCUGCUCCAAGAACCCCACCCUCGAAGCGCUCCGCACGCGUAUCCUCGUGGACGAAUUCACCAUCAACCGCGAAGACAGCGUCGAACCGAACCGCAUCGAUCCCUUGCUCAGUCUCAGCGUGUCCAUGAAUAUUGGGUACGGAGCGCCGCGUCAACUUCUCCACCGAGACGACAAUGUACAUCAUAUUCGUCACGGCUGGAAGAGUGAGUGGAGCUUCGAUGAGGUGGGUCAGUUUGGGUGUCUGAUUGCUGGAUGUGAUGUGAGUAGGGAGAUGGGGGCUACGAUGUUUGUGAAGGGGAGUCAUCGGUGGGGGGAUGAUAAGUGGGCGGAGGUGGAUGAGAAGAGGGAGGUGUGUUUUGCGGAAAUGAAGGCCGGCUCGGCAUUGAUCUUCCUUGCAUCGGCGUUUCAUGGAGGUGGACAUAAUUCGCUUCCGGACACGGUGAGGACAAUGUACGGAUUGUUCUUUGUGAGGGGCCAUCUCCGGACAGAGGAGAAUCAGUUCUUGGCUAUUCCGAGGAGCGUCGUGACCGGGAUGAGUCCGAAGAUGGUGGAGUUGCUGGGCUAUAAGAAGCCGACGACGGCGUUGGGGAUCGUGGAUAAUAUGAGCCCUCAUGAAGACGUGGCGGGGGUUUGGGAGAGAGCGGUACAGUGAGAUUUCUCUGGCGAGUGGCUUGAUUGUACUUGUGAUAUGGAGAUAUGCUGCUUUCGGUGUUAUCUCCUUGUUGAUGAUUGUGCCCUUGGUAGUCAUCU